AUGGGAUGGCAGGAGCAGAAGUACGCAACUACCUAUCCGACUCGGACCCAAACUGUGGAUUAUUCCUCCGAUACUGUCUCUACUGCUGCAGAAGAUACAGAAAGUGAAGAGAUUAGUGUCCAAACACCAGAUCCGGCAGUUCCCAACCUACCAGAGAGCAGUACCAUAGUCAAGUCGCUCCAUACCUCAGUUGAAGACAUUGAGCAAACCAAAAGCCAAAUAUCAAUACCCUUAUUGACGGACGGCAAACAGGGAGAAACACCGAGCCUUGAAAACGAUAUAUCCCGAGUGACGUCGGGGCAAUCCAUCGAUAGUACAGAUGGAGAAAGCGGCGUCACAGCAACGAGACCACCACAGAUCCUUCAAGGAGCUUCGACGGCUGACAUGGUGGGGCUCUCGGAAAGCUCAGGUGUCUAUACCGUCACAACCGAAUAUCGGAGCCCUGCAAACCCAGAAUCCAUGGUCACCCUCCUCAAAAGCACUACGGCUGACUCGGGAACACGUUUGACGUCUGAAAGCAUCUUGGAUCAAGUUGGCAUUAUCUUCCCCAGUUCAAUGAGUUCACUACUACAGGAGGUAUCCACCAUGGGUCUUGGCGUCAUUGUGAGUCCUCAGUAA